AUGGCGCAGGAACCGUCUGCCAAGCGUCAUCAGGGCGAGACGUCCGACCAGAGCAGCAACCUCAACGAUGUUCAUGUCCCCGGAGAGAAGCGCGAGUACACCCGAACCCUCACAAGGGUUGAGCUCCAUGGCAAGGAGACGCUAGAGAUCGUCUGCACCAGCGAACCAGACAAGGCCGACAAGAUGAUCGGCAGGUUCAAGAUGAAGAGCCUCGGCUUGUAUCCUAGAUUCAUUGAUGUUGAUGUGGAGUUUACUAGAAGAGAUGAACCUCUGCAGAUGACAGCAGUCAUGCAGUUAUGCAUAGGAACUAUGCUUGGUGUACCACAUCGCAGCAGCCACAAAAUGGUCUUUUAUUACACGAAAAGAAAAAUAAACUUGAAGCCCAAGCACCUCAAAAACUUCCUGAAGGAGCAUAAAUUGUACACCUUUGUAGGUUUCAGCAUUGAAGAUGACAAACAGAUGAUGAAGAGGUCUGGUUUGGAGAUCGACCCCAAGAGCUUCAUCGACAUUCAGCUCAAUUGGAGAGUUCCAUACAUCAGCGAAAAAGAUUAUGACUCCUUGGCAGAUGUUGCAGCCAGUGUCAUCCACCCAUUCUACAAAGGCAUGAAGAAUAAGAUCGACAAGGAGAAAGACCUUAAGUUGUGGGGGAUAAGCCCGCUACCAGAUUACCUCAUCGAGUACGCAGCUACAGAUGCGUACGCCACCUACAAGUCAUGGAAGAUAAUCGACAACAUCACAGUAGGUGCGGAAAUUUCAAAGGCGCGGGAAGCUGGCCCCUACUACCACUGCCACUACGCGGGUUGA